ACCCUGUGGUGGCUCAUCACUGCGUGAGACCCGAUCCACUUCUCGCACACACCCACCUCUCCUGGCCCCGCCACUCACCCCAGGCAUGGCUAUGGUCUCAUCAUUCUGGAUUUCCUAAGUGAAACACCUAGGGACACUUUCAGUCCCAGGAGCUGCAUUGAACCAUGCCCAGGGGUUCGGAGCCCACCUCUAAGCUGGGCCCAAUGGGGGCCAGCGUAGAUGCCCACAUAUUUAAUAUCAAGGCACCUAACAGCAGCUACCUGUCCCUGAUUAGCCUUGCUCCAUACUAAGAUUCAUGCCCUUGCCCCAACCUGGGGGCAGCCUACCAGGGUGGCAGUUGCCAGCCUUAUACUCCAAACCUAAGCGCUUUUCAGAUACUCACAGGGACAUUUCUCAGCGUGCUGUGUCAUUGUGACCCAAGCAUCCAAGUGUUCCCUGGGCGGGGUGAUUAUUGGUCCCAACAUGAGUGUUGAUCGCUGCUGCCUUCACUCAGAUCAAAGUGCCGCCAGCUGUGUAUGCUCAUCUUAGUAUUCUAGAUGUUCUUUACUUUGAACUGGAUCAAUAACUUUAGGAAUGUGUUUCAUAUUAAAAUGGCACAAAGCCACAUAGUGACAUUUUGUGCAAUGAAAAGAUACACAUUGUAUCUAUUUCAGAACUUAAAGCAUUGCAAGUUGGUCCUAAGAUUUUCCAGUAUAUUACAAAAGUUAUUGCACAGGCAAUACAACUGUUCUAUACAAUGCUGAAGAUAGAUCGGCCAUCUUAUAUUCUUCUUCAGAAUCCUCCAGGCCUGCCUAGUAUAGCUGUUACCUGGAUGAUUUGCCUUGUACGAAGAAGCAAACUGAUCAUUGAUUGGCACAACUAUGGUUAUACUAUAAUGAGUCUGAUCCAUGGAAAAAAUCACCCUAUAGUACAAAUUGCAAAGUGGUAUGAAAAGCUUUUUGGACGUCUAUCUGACUACAACUUUUGUGUGACUAAUGCAAUGAAAGAAGAUCUGCAAAUGAAUUGUAAUAUCAAAGCAAUAAUCCUCUAUGACAAGCCAGCUUCUUUUUUUAAGGAAACACCAUUAGAACUCCAGCAUAAAUUGUACAUGAAACUUGCCAAAGACUAUGCUCCAUUUAAAAGAGGAACAGACUCCAUAUAUCCAGAAGUUGAGAAAUCUGCAUUUACAGAACUAGACAUCAGAAAUGGAAAAGUGACACAAGUCAAAGAAAGACCAGCUCUUCUAAUUAGCAGCACCAGCUGGACAGAGGAUGAAGAUUUUUCUGUUCUUUUAAAAGCUUUAGAAGAUUAUGAAGAGUAUGUCAAUGAUGGAAUCAAGCUUCCUUCUUUAGUAUGUGUGAUAACAGGUAAAGGGCCUCUAAAAAAGCACUACAACAGACUGAUAGACAAAAUGCACUUUAAACACAUCCAGAUCUGUACACCGUGGCUAGAAGCUGAGGAUUACCCUGUUCUACUUGGCUCCGCAGAUCUGGGUGUCUGUCUCCACAAAUCAUCUAGUGGUUUGGAUCUGCCUAUGAAGGUGGUGGAUAUGUUUGGCUGUUGUUUACCUGUAUGUGCAGUACAUUUCCAGUGUUUACAUGAACUUGUGAAACAUGAUGAAAAUGGCUUGAUAUUUAGGGACUCGAAUGAACUUGCAGAACAGCUGAAGAUGCUCUUAUUGGAAUUUCCUACAAGUGAAAAUAAACUUUAUAUGUUCAGAAGAAAUCUUCGGGCAUCCAAACAGCUGCGGUGGGAUGAGAGCUGGGAACAAACUGUGCUUCCUGUGUUUAGGAACAAUUAAUGAUUUCCAAAAAAUGGACAAAAGAAUUUGCACAUAUGAUUUUCACAUUCCCAAGUUUGGUUAUACAUGAUGGAAAUGGUGAAUAAAACCUUUAUAUUUGGUCUUA